UUUAACUGUUCAGUUUUUGCCUGAGAAACCUCCCCUCUUUACACUACAGCUGCUGAAGGAAUAUUUGGAAUACCAAAGUGGGUUUUUUUGCAGUGAUUUCUUUUUAUCAUCUUAAUUCUCCACUGCCUCUAAAAGAAAUAAUCCGAAUUUGGAUCCAUCUGGUUUCAGGAUUGGAAAGCGAGUCUCCAAGCAGAACAAAAAUGUUUAUAAAGGAUCUGCUCUUCAUCUUCCUCCUCGGGAGCCUGCCUUUUGCAGCACUUGCUCAAGAAGCAAGCUCAGUUCUAGAAGGAGAGGAGAGUGCAACAACUGAUUUCAGAAAUGACACAGACUUUGAAGAAUUGCCAACAAUGUUUGGGGAGCUGAAGACCACAGAAAGUUCCUUUGUCCCGGAUGGAGAAAUUGAAAAUGCUACUGCUUAUGAAGUUAACACACCAAGAGUUGAUGGUAAAAAGACACCAAGUGUUGAUGAUGAACGACGUGGGGAACCAGAGGAGACUGAUGCAGGUGGCCUGGGAACAAUUGCACUGGUUGGAAUCAUUGUUGGAAUCGUUGUUGCAGUUGGAAUCCUUGCAGGAAUCGUAAUUGCAGUUGUGAGGAAGAUGUCAGGCAGGUACUCGCCCUAAAUACAGUUGAAGCAAGCAACCAUGCCAUUCCAUGCUGGAAAACACAAGUGCUUCUUAUUUUAUACAAACUAAAGACUGUUCCUGUAUUUGUGUGAGAAGAUGAUCCAUGGAAAUAUAGCCAAAGAAUUUCAGAUCUAUGGGGAUACCACACAGCUCUAAGGACCACCCUCACACCCGACUUGCACAGAUCACAGAACAUUUCAUAGGAUUUUUUACUAACCAGAAUUUUACUAGAAGAAAAAGAUUUUGCAGUAAGGAAAAAAAAUACCUUGCAGCAAAGAGAUGUACAUCUGAAAUGUGAUUUGCAGGUAUUAUAUGCUUGGGUUUCAAAUGCUACCAAAGAUUAUUUCACAUUACAUUACAUGUAUUCUUUUAAAACAAACAAACAAACAAACAAAAAAUAACAAAAACAAAACAAAACAAAAGUGGUUUUGGCUGGUUUAGUGCUCCUGGCAUGUUUAUUUACCACAUGAUGUAUCAAAAAGGAGGAAUUAGCUUCAGUGAGAACCAGUUAUCUACAAAGUAGGAAAAUACUGGAUAUUGGAAGCUAAAAUCCAUUACUGAUACAGAUUUUUCUGCUCUUGAUACUUAUGUUAUUUUGUGGCAAAAUAUGGUAGGUCUGGCUGGAACUGAUCUACCAACUGGAAGCUUGCUCGUCUGACUAUGGCAUCAGGAAUUUCCUGCCUUCUCUUGUGCAGAGACACGCAGGAACUGAAAUACACAUCCUGAAUUAAGGGGUGCUUGGAAAAUACCCAGUUUUGAUGGGUCACUUUAGAGCUGCCAUGUAGAAGCUUUUGAGUUAGGGCACACCGUGGUUUUCCUUCAUGCCUGUCCCAUUUCCUACCUGGCCAGUGGAUUUGUUGGACAAUGUGCAGCACCAGGUCAGAAUGUGUCACCGAGGUGUGAUGCAGCUUUGGAGUCUGCAGCUUUUCUGGGCAUAUUUAGAGCAGCACAACCUGAAUGUACAGAGCUCAGGGCAAAGGCUUUGCAUGUCAAGUGGCUGCAGUGCAUCAGGUUUCCUAAAUUUUAUGGCAUUUCAGUGUUUGGUGUAAAAAUCAUGAUAAUCAAUAUUGUCAUCCAUUGAUAAAUUUGUCAGCUUAUCUGUGUUUACUUUUCUCUUUCUUUCAUGUGCCUUGAACUAUUAUAUCAAUACAAGCUUUGGAAAUAAAAAUCAUAAUA